UGUAGAUUGAUAUCUUCGUGACAUAACGCUACGUUUGUACUUCGAGCCUUGACACUCUUCUCCCAGAAACUGAUAGACAGAGUCACGUGCGCUUGACAUUACAGGGUGUUUGGAAGGGAGAAGAGAAGGUUUUCGUGACCAGGUCGUGUGGAAAUCCCGCCCAAAAACCGCGUCACAUACCACCCUUUUCGGCAGCAAUUUUACAGUUCCGCAUAUUCUGCCUGUAAUUAUUGUGGUUCUCACACGUGAUGAUAAACAUGCACCAAACACCAUCAGAUCUACUCCUUAGCCAACUUGCAAAGCAUUAACUACAACGACACGGGUAUUCCACUCUUCUCCAUACGGAUGAACGUACUUGAACCCCAUGACAUGUAAACCGCCUCGCAAUGUCGACAUCCCGCCGCGGCGUAGGCCUCGCCGCCUUCUCCAACAAUAGCGUCGCUUCCGCCCAAUACGCCACCCACGGCACCAACAUCCGCGCCGCCCACGUUGACUCCCUCCAGACCCAAAUCUCCGUCUUCCAACAGCUCCUUCACCAGUUCAGCAUCACGCACGGCAAGGACAUCCGCUCGAAUCCGACCUUCCGCGCGGAGUUCGCGCGCAUGUGCAACGCCAUCGGUGUUGAUCCGCUGGCGGCGUCGGCGCGGAAGCCGCCAACGGGAACGGCGAAGGUGGUGGAGGGGGCGGCAGGGGGGAUUGGGAACCUGUGGAGUCAGAUGUUGGGGGGAAGUGUGAAUGAUUUUUACUUUGAGUUGGGGGUGAGGGUCGUGGAGGUGUGUCGGGAUACAAGAGCGGAGAAUGGGGGGAUGAUGAGCGUAGGUGAGGUGCGACGAAGAGUGCAGAAGGGGAAGGCGAUCGGAGGCGGCAUGGAGGUGACUGACGACGAUAUCCUCCGCGCCGUCAAAUCGCUCGAACCUCUAGGAUCCGGUUUCACGAUCAUGAAACUGGGGACCAAACAGAUGAUACGAUCCAUCCCCAAAGAGCUCAACACUGACCAAUCCACCGUGCUGGAGGUCAUCCAAGUCCUUGGCUAUAUCACCGUCUCGAUGCUGCAGUUAAACCUCCGUUGGGAACGGGCACGAGCGAAGGCGGUUAUCGAAGACCUCCUAGCAGACGGCCUGGUCUGGGUGGAUAUGCAAUGCGACGAGGCUGAGUACUGGUCUCCAACCUUUAUCACCGAGGCCGCGGGCGGGUGA